AUGGGAAAUUUGCACGAUUGGCGGGAUGUGCAGGGUGUGAUCAAGACGGUCUUCCAGGCACUGUGUGAUGUGGCGCAUGCGCAGAGUCAUGCUGUAAGAGAGUUGGAGCGACGCACCGGCGAAAUGCAAGAAGAGCUGUACGAAAGUUUACGCCGCAAGGCGGACGUUUCGGAGCUCCGCGAUGCACGGCUUCAAGCAGAGGAGGAGGCAGACUCGGUGCUAGAAGGGCAGCGAAGGAGCACCUCUGAGGUUCAGGCGCUGCGCAACAGCCUUGGUGAAUUGCAUGCGGCUAUGGAAAAGCUUUGA